AGAAGAUGGUUCGCUGAGAGUUUCUCCUCGAAGGGGGAGUUAAUCAUUCCAGGCUUUCUUCAGCAAACAAAAUAUGGAAGUUGAGCGCACAAGAGAGAGCCUCGACGGGGAUGGUACCUCCUCCGAUCAGUUAUCCUUCGAUUGGAGGGGCAGACCUUGUAACCCCAACAAGCAUGGAGGCAUGAGAGCAGCUUCCUUCGUUCUAGGUCUACAAGCAUUUGAGAUUAUGGCGAUUGCUGCAGUUGGCAACAAUUUGAUAACUUACGUUUUCAAUGAGAUGCACUUUCCUUUGUCCAAAUCAGCAAAUAUAGUGACCAACUUCAUUGGCACUGUUUUCCUGUUGUCCCUUCUUGGUGGCUUCCUCUCUGAUUCAUAUCUUGGGUGUUUUAAGACAAUGUUGGUGUUUGGCCUGGUGGAGCUCUCUGGUUUUCUACUAUUAUCGAUUCAAGCACAUCUACCCCAACUAAAACCACCCAAAUGCAACAUGAUGGCCGAAGGAGAACACUGCUUACAAGCAAAAGGCUACAAAGCCUCCAUACUCUUCCUUGCCCUUUACUUGAUAGCCAUGGGGAGUGGAUGCCUAAAGCCUAACAUGAUCUCUCAUGGGGCUGAUCAGUUCACCAAACAUGAUCCAAAUCAAUCCAGGAAGCUCUCUACUUACUUCAACACUGCAUAUUUCAGCUUCUGUGCCGGAGAAAUGAUGGCUUUGACUGUUGUCGUUUGGAUCCAGACGCAUUCAGGUAUGGAUAUAGGGUUUGGGGUAUCGGCAGUGAUCAUGGCAAUUGGGUUGAUUAGCUUGAUGUGUGGCAUGGUGUUCUACAGUAACAAGCCUCCUCAGGGUAGCAUCUUUGCUCCAAUUGCAAGGGUUUUUUUCUCUGCAAUCACUGAGCGAAAGCAAAUAUGCACAUCUCAUGCUGAUAAAAUUCAUCAUAGCCAAAAUAUUGCAAAUUAUCACCUCACAAUUUCUGGCCAUGAGUCCUCUUCAAAUGCUGGCAAUCUCCAUGCCCACAAAUUCAGGUUUUUGGACAAAGCCUGCACCAAAUCUAACUCCUACAGAAACAAACACAAACCCUGCACUGAAUCUGGAGUGAAGCAAGCAAAAACUCUACUCUCCCUGAUACCAAUCUUCGCCUGCACCAUAAUUUUCAACACAAUCCUAGCUCAACUCCAAACUUUCUCAGUUCAACAAGGCCGAUCCAUGAACACCCAAAUCUUCAACUCUUUCCAAAUCCCGCCCGCUUCUCUUCAGUCCAUCCCUUACUUAAUGCUCAUAAUCUUAGUCCCAAUUUACGAAACGACCAUCAUUCCUUUAGCCCGAAGACUCACAUCCAAAGAAUCAGGAAUCUCUCCUUUAAACAGAAUUGGCAUUGGUCUCUUCACUGUAACAUUUUCAAUGGUCUCAGCUGCAGUCAUAGAGAAAAAGCGAAGGAACCUAGCAAUUAAAUCGAAUGAGAUGCUGUCGAUAUUUUGGAUUGCACCGCAAUUUCUAGUGUUUGGGCUAUCUGAGAUGUUUACGGCCGUGGGAUUAAUUGAGUUCUUCUAUAAGCAGUCCUUAGGAGGAAUGCAGGCAUUUUGUACGGCAAUGACUUACUGUUCUUAUUCAUUUGGGUUCUUUUUGAGCUCUCUGCUGGUUUCUUUGGUGAACAAGGUUACAGAUUUGGAUGGUUCUAGCGGUGGAUGGCUUAACAAUAAUGAUUUGAAUAAGGAUAGGUUGGAUUUGUUCUAUUGGAUGCUUGCAGGACUUAGUUUGCUUAAUUUUUUCAACUAUCUUUUUUGGUCUAGGUGGUACUCUUAUUUUAUACCUGUUUCAUAUAUGAGUGAUCAUUGUAUUGAGGAGAAGAGUGAGGAUGCUGAGAAUAGAACCUCUCUGUAAGAAGUCUCUUUUUAGUUAAUGUAGAGCUCUUUAUUUGUUUGUUUGUAA